GGUCGGACGUGGAAGUCGCGCGGCCCAUACAGACCUAAGCCCGUGCGCCCGUGACUGGAUCCACCGGAUGCGGAAAAAAAGUACAGACAGAGAAAGAGGAAACGACCCCCUCCCCCCCUCCCCCUCCUCCCCCCGACGGACAGCAGAGCGCGACAGCAGAGCAGAGGAACACCAAUACAACUUGUCAUCUGACCAAUACAGUCACUGCUGGCGUCGCUGUGUGUGUGUUUUUUUUGUACACACGGUUUUGUUGUUUUGACGGAGCUCUGCUUUGCAACUAUUUUGGGAUCUUCUUUGUGAUUGCCGGACGAUUAACUCGGGAUAUUAUCCUACAAGUUUUGAAUUGUCACAUUUUCCCGUCCGCGGGCUCCGUUUUCAUUUUGGCGUUUUUGCAUGUUGAAUAUGGACAGUAUUCUUUCUCAGAUAGUCUGAGUGUCCCGCCCACACUGCUCCUCUGAGAAUAACAGCUUGAUCCACUGAAUAAUUUGAACAACAUUCAACUGCAAUGGAAUAUUUCGAUGAAAAUAUUUCUGCAAGGAAAUAAGGAACUCUGCACAACCUCACGUGAAAGUGAUCCAGCAUACUCGUUCUAUUGGUCGGCUCCCCGGUCAAUUGGCCACGCCCCUUCAAGUGCCCCCAGCAGGCCUAUCUUUCUACGACCCCAUCUGGCCCAGGAUGUCCAGGCAGCUCACCCAGCGUCCGAACCCUGACCUCCCAGCUGGCACAGGCCCACAGUUUGGAAGCUGUACCCAACCUGCAGGCUCCCUCACAGGGACGCAACUCAACUCUAUGGCCGGUCUUAAGUCCCUCCUGCAGCACCCCAUGAAGGGAGACCAACGUUUAAAACCCCCGUGCGAUGCAAAAGACAAAGAGAAGCUGGACGUGGAUGAGGACUCCAGUGGAGUGUGCCCCGUGAGGAAUGGCAGUGGAAUAGGCAACAGUACUAACAGUAAUGGCGGCGGAGGAGGAAGUGGAGGAGGAGGAGGAGGAGGAGGAGGAGGUGGUGCUGCAGGUAGUGGUGGAAAUGCAGGAGGAAGUUUUAACCAGUUCUUGGGCCCCCUUUUGUGGGAUCGCACCCUGCCUGCGGAUGGGGGCCUCUUUCAGCUGCAGUACAUGGACUUGGAGGAGUUUCUGACCGAAAACGGAAUGGGCAACGCGCAUAAUAACAACAGCUCCAGUUCAGCACAGAUCCCCUCCCAGAGCUCCCAGUCAGCCGUGCCCAACCAGAGCUCCCAGUGCCUACCGCCCUCAUCCCCACCUGGCUCUUCAUCUUCAUCACCUUCUCCCUCUUCUUCCCCAUCGCUCAUUGGUUUGGAGGUGGCUCAGCCGCAGAGCCUUGGAGGUGGAAAUGACUGUUUGCAUGGGAGUCAGACCAGUAUGAACGACUCCUGUGAGUCCCCCUCUUCUUCCUCCUCGUCCUCCUGUCCACCUCUGUUGACACCUACGGACAGCGGUCCAGACGGGAACGGCAUGUACGACAUGGAUUCUUCGGACAUGGAUAUGUCUAACCAGCCGAACUACGACCCCAGGAGGCACUCCUUCAGUGAAGAGGAGCUCAAGCCACAGCCGAUGAUCAAGAAGGCCCGAAAGAUCCUGGUGCCCGAGGGCUUGAAGGAUGAGAAGUAUUGGACCAGGAGGUAUAAAAACAAUGAAGCAGCAAAGCGUUCCCGAGAUGCUCGCCGUCUUAAGGAGAACCAAAUAUCUGUGCGUGCCGCCUACCUGGAGAGAGAGAACGCCACACUCCGACAGGAAGUGGCCGAGAUCCGGAAGGAGCUGGGCCGCUGUCGCAACAUCCUUAGUAAAUACGAGAACCGUCUCGCUGACCAGUGAUGAAGACGUGGAGCAAAAUCAGAAAGAGGAGGAAUAUAAGACGGAUUAAAUUUAAGACUCUGAAUUCUUGGGGUGGCACGAUGGACAGAAUGGGGUCAGGAAAAUGAUGAUGAUGAUGAUGAUGAUGAUUAUGAUGAUGAAUGUAAAAGACAAGGGGAAGAUUUGCGUAUUGAAGCUCAGGUGUCUUGUUUUGUUGAGGUGUCAACUCUUAAAAGUGAAAGAUGGAGAGAAUAAUUUAAGUUGAAAAGAUGUGACUUUUAAGAGUUUUGUUAUUGUAGAAUUGUAUAUUUUUAUAAUACUUAAGAAAAAUUAGAGGGAGAGAAAAUUUGGAGAAUAAUUUUGUAUAUUUUCUACAUAGAGACGGGAGAAAGCUAUAGUAAAUAUCUUUUUAUUAUAGAUGAGUCAGGAGAUGUUUAACAGGUGGUCAGCCAUCGAUGGGUAUUUUUCGACUUGAUUAUUAUAGUCAGGAUGCAGCAGCAGGGGCGAGGACGCAUGUAACAAUUGUAAUAUAGAGAGAAAAAUUAUCUAUAAUCGUAUAGUUCAACAUUUUUGUGGAUUUUAUUCAAGCACUUAAUUUUCUUCCUGUUAUGUUUCUGUCACUGGGAAUGGGCAUGCUCAAGAGACGAAGGGAGGGAGGAGACACGUGUCAGCAGUCUCGUGCAUUCUGCUUUAAUUGAACAGCAUCCUCCUUUAAAAAAAAUUUAACUUAUAUUAUUUCUUUGUACUUUGAGCUUAACUUUCUGUGAUUGGUACAUCUUUCACGAGUCCAUACUCUUAUCUUUGACUCUAUUUCUCUUUAUCCCGAGCUGAGUGCUUUAAAUCUACUCUGGUGUCUCGUCCUAUCUCACCUAAGCUGGUGAAAGCCUGUUGUGAUGCCCCGGGUCACUCUACUCCCUCUUGAUCCUCUUUUGAAUUGUUGGGACGUUUCUCUUCCUCUGUUUCUAUAUCCAACUGCUCUAUUUCUGUCCGCUCUCACUUACAGCCAAUCCCUGCACAGUAAUGUGCGAACUUUUCCCAUAACAUGUUGUCCCCAUGUCUCUGUACCUCGGUGGUUCACAGAGGAGCUAGAUCUCAGUGUUGCAUCGUAUUAUAAAAUAGUAAUCAAUCUUCCCAGUAAAACGCACAUCUUUACUUUAUUGUACUUUAUGAACACACUUUGAUUAGCAUUGUUAUGGGGGUGUCAGGGGACAUGUUGUUGUAUAUUGGAUAGGCCUAUAAUAUUUUGUGUAUUUGAUGUAUUCCAGGAGAUGGGUUCACUACCCCCGUUGAGUGGAAUAGUGUUAAUUUCUCAGAUUACUGGGAGAAAUAAAAGCCAAAAUUUCAUAUAUUGAUCCACAAAGCUUGUUGCUAUUUAGUGCUUUUUUCAAUACUCCUUCCUUACAGUUUACUCCUUUUACUACUUUUACUACUUUUUACUGUAUCUAAAGAAAUCUCUGUGUAUCCACACUACCUACACACGGAGCAUGGCACACUAUGUUAUGUUCCUGGGGAAGAAUGACUAGUGAUGGAGUGUGAUUUUAAAUCCCUUAAUGCCCAUGAUGAAUAGUUACCAUUACUGGUAUUAUUAUUGUUAUGAUUAUGAUGAGUAUCCCUCUUGUUGUUGCUGUUCUAUACUAUUGAAUGAUUUUCUUUCUUUGGAUGAACGUGAUCUGUUGCACCUUGAAACACCUCUGAUCUUCAUUGUUUCUCAGAAAGACUAUUCAAAUGAAAACAAACCUAAACACUCACUCUGCUAUUUGCAUCGUGUCUCAGACCUCCAGAUAUUACUCACUUCUACUGCGGACACUACUGCCACCGUGGUUUCCAAACGUGUGGCUCAAUAACUUGAACAUGAUAUUCAUGCAGACCUACUUUACCUUUGUGACGACCUCUUCUGUUCCCAGCGGCGUACGGACGAUGCUCGCUAUCAAUCUGCUCCCUGUUGGUUUGUUUCAGCCUUUAUCACCUCAAUCAGUGAUUGUUUGCUCUCCCGACCGGAUGUAGUCUCUAAUAUCCUCACAGAUGUGAUUGAUCAAUCUUUUAGUGACUCUAAUUGAACUACAACUGCCCUGCUGCAUCAGUGGUGUCCAGCCCACUCCGUGCUGAUCAUUUGGAUGUAGUCAAGAUUUUUCCAAAAACACCAAUAAAAGAUUGUUCUCGUUCACUACUGCUUUGCUUGGCUCCGCUGUUUCAUCACAAUGUAAUUGUAUUGUUGUUGUUGUGGUUCUGGAAGCUUCUCUUUAGCAUUGUGUGCCUGAAUUUUGAAUUAAAUCCAAGUGUGUACACAGAGAA